AUCGAUAACCUCCAAUUCUUCAACUCCUGCAAAGAGAGAAAUUAAUAGAAUUUUGUAAUUUUGAGAGAAAAUUGAGAAAUGCCAGCAAUCGUGAUAAGAGAUUAUGAGUGGCGUCAAACGAACGAAAAUGUUAUUAUUACUCUGCAGCUUGUUGGCAGUCCGAGUAAAAUAGAUUUCCUGACUUCGGAUAAAUAUUUGAAGGCAAGUUAUCCUCCUUUUAUCUUUGAACUUUUUCUCUGCGAAGCUGUGAGUGAAGAGGAAAGUGAAAUAACUAUCAGUAAAAAAGAAGCAAUUAUUUCUUUGAAAAAAACUAAAGUUGGUGUUGAAUGGACAAAACUUGAAUUAGAAGAUCUUAGUAAGGAAUUCAAGCGAGAGUGCAGAACAAAAGCUUUGGAAUAUGCACAACUUUCGGCCGAACAACGAGCUAAAUCAAAAAGUGAAAAACUACAACGGCUACAAAGCGAAGCAGUUAGAGCUCAAAUUGAUCUUGAUACUUUAUCUUUAAAUAAAAUAGAAGCGAUUCGUGAUUCUCAUAGAAAAGAAGCUAUGAAGGAACUUGAAGAGUGGAGAUUAAGUGUAGACAAGCCCAUGUUUAAAGGAAUCGAGGGCAAAAAGCAGGAGAAUAGAAAAGCUUUCAGAGCACCAAUAAAGUGGUUUAAAGACGACAAGGUUCAAAAUAAAGAAGAAAUAAGUAACGAACCACAAGUAAAGAAAGACUCCAGGAAGGAAGCAGAAGUCGAGGAGUCGGAGAAGAAAAUUACUGAAAGUCCGAAAGGGGCACUAGACCAUAAAAACGAAUGCCAGGUAGCGAAAAGUGGUGAACAAUCUUGCACAAAGAAUUCCAAUGACAAAUCGGAAUACAUCAAAGAAGACGAAAGUAGUUGUUCCGAGGAUUCAGAAUCGGAUUUUGAACAUGAGAAUUACUUCAAUGACAGCAAAAGUAGAUGUUUGAUCAAAGAGAUGGAUGAAAAAGAGUUGAAGAAAUUUUAUAAAAAGAAGGAAAAGGAACUUGAAAGGGAGCGCAAGUUGAAAAAUAAAAACGAAAUGAUUCAAAGGUUUCUGGACAGGAAGCCUCAAAAGAUGAAUACGAUUUUUGAUGAUCCUAAAAAAUCGGUUCCUCUUCCUAGAAAAUGUGGCACGAUUCAUGUUACAUUUACUGAAAGGGUUUUCCCAACACCGGCGAGGGAAAGUUCCCACCUGGAGGAACAGGAAUGGCUCGAGAAACAAGCAGAGGCAAGAAGGAAAAUAGGUUUUGUUUCCGAAGAUCUUAGCCCCGAAGAACAAAAUCCGCAAUGGCUGAAAGACAAGGGAGAUGAAUUUUUCAAGAUCGGAAAUUAUUUAGGAGCCAUAAGUGCAUACUCGCAUGGGAUCAAACUUAGUGAUAAAAUGGCAUCACUCUACGUUAAUCGAUCGGCAGCACAUUAUGCUCUUGGAAAUUAUCAGAGAUGCACGGAAGAUUCUUCGAGGGCUUUGGAAUUAAUGGUCCCUAAAUGUGAAGGCAAUCGUGAAUCAAGGGCCAGAUGUCACGCCAGAAGAGGAGCAGCUCUCUGCAAAUUAUCUGCUCCUCAACACGGCAUUCCUGAAUUGGAAGCCGCUUUGAAACUAGCUCCGGACAACGAAAGCAUUAAACUCGAUUUAGUAGCUGCAAAAAAAUACUACCAGCUUGAGAAUUAGAAACUGUUCCCUAGAAUGUACGCUCAGUUUCUUCGACCCUCGACGUGCAAAACAAACCACUCGAGUGUGAUGAAAAGAACUCAUAAGUGGUUUGGGUAGGAAAAUAUUCGAUGAAUACAGAAUUGAUUAGUUUUCUCUGGAGAAAAUUGAAUCCACAUUCUAGAAAGGGAGAUUUCUCACAUCUUCUUAUGGGAGAGGUGUUUACUUCUUUAAUUAGAGGAAGAGACACGUCGCUCUACUUUGGAUGAAAGCUGCUUUCGAGAAUCGAUCUGCCCUUGUGCACUUAUAAUUGUAAUUCGACAAGGUUUUACUCGGAAAUGACGAGUUUCUCGUCGAUGCAGGCACACCUGGUGUGUUCCAGUGCAUGAAUGACCUCGUGGUGUCGAUCUCGCUGACGAUCCACGGCAUGUUUCACCAUAAAAACAAGGCUGA